UUUCCCCGCCGCCCUGGCAGCGGCGGUGGCGCGGCGGGCAUGGCAGAGAUGCGUUCGGGGCCAGUGGCAGGGCCACAGCUCAACGCGCUGCCCGACCACUCGCCGCUGGUACAGCCGGGCCUGGCGGAGUUGAGGCGCCGAGCGGAGGAGGCGGGCGUCCCACAGACCCCGCACCCGUUCACAGACGCCUUCUUGCUGCGCUUCCUGCGCGCCCGGGAUUUCGAUCUGGACCUGGCCUGGCGGUUACUGAAAAACUAUUAUAAAUGGCGAGCAGAAUGUCCAGAAUUAAGUGCAGAUCUACACCCUAGAAGUAUCAUUGGACUUUUGAAGGCUGGCUACCAUGGAGUGUUGAGGUCCAGGGAUCCCACGGGCAGCAGGGUUCUUAUUUACAGAAUUGGUACUCAGUGGCCUCCAGUCCGAAGCCCAUACUGGGACCCGAAAGUUUUUACAGCCUAUGAUGUAUUUCGUGUAAGUUUGAUCACAUCUGAGCUCAUUGUACAGGAGGUAGAAACUCAGCGGAAUGGAGUCAAGGCCAUAUUUGACCUGGAAGGCUGGCAGAUUUCACACGCUUUCCAGAUUACCCCAUCUGUAGCCAAAAAGAUUGCUGCUGUGCUUACGGAUUCUUUUCCAUUGAAAGUUCGUGGCAUCCAUUUGAUAAAUGAGCCAGUCAUUUUCCAUGCUGUCUUUUCCAUGAUUAAACCAUUUCUGACUGAAAAGAUUAAGGGCCGGAUUCAUCUGCAUGGGAACAAUUACAAAUCAAGCCUACUUCAGCACUUCCCAGACAUUCUUCCUCUGGAAUACGGUGGUGACGAGUUCUCCCUGGAGGAUAUUUGUCAGGAGUGGACAAAUUUUAUAAUGAAAUCUGAAGACUAUCUCAGCAGCAUUUCUGAGGCCAUCCAAUGAGAAAUUAUUUCCUGUGAAUGACUUCCUCAUUAAAAAUCUAAGGAUGGGAUCCUAUUUGGUUACUAAAUUCAAGAGCAAACCUUCAAAUCGAAUUGAUGCUUAUCUGAUCUUUAAACAUGGAACAUGGAUAUUUGGUGAAUGUUUUAACUUUUACAAUACUCUGUUCCUGUUGAAUUAAUUAAUGUUAGAAGAGAUUCCUGUUUACAUGUGAAGAAAAAACAUAGAUACAUCUAAAGUACCUGUUCCAGUGUAUCUUUGUAUGGUUUGGGAAAUUUCAUUUUAAACAAAAUUUUAUAAUCACAUUGUUUAAUACUAGAUUGAUGACUAGUUCACUGCAAAGAAAUACUGUGCAUAUCAGCUGAUGGUGAAACAAUAUUAGUGCUGAGUUGAGGUUGAUGUCAGAUUAUAAUUCAGAUUGCAAUCUGAAUACAGCUUUAUGCCGGCAGGAUAGUUUAUCUCAGGAAAAUCCCACUUUAGCAUGUGCACAACAGAAG